AUGGCUUCGACAAACACAAUUGGAGGGGCCGGCCACAGCCUUCCAUUUGUUUUCUACUUUUUGGCCGCUGUUACUUCUGUCCUGGCUCAUGUCGAAAAGGCAGAAAGCAUGCAAGGUCACGGUGGCACAAUAGACGAAGCGGCAUUCAAAAAUGCGACUGAAUACCCAAGCACCUAUUUUGCGCACACUAAACAUGUCGGCACAAUAUAUGCCCAUAUCACACUUAUGGUUCUAGCCUGGGUUUUUGUUUUGCCAAUUGCUGUGAUGCUUUCAAUUGCGAAGUCUAGAUAUACACUCACUGUUCAGCUCGUUUUUAUUGCUGUCAAUGCAGUCGGUAUUUCUAUUGCUACUGUGUAUAAUGCCCUCACGCCUGAUCUCUAUCCCAACAAUGCGCACCAUAAGAUUGGCUGGAUCAUUACCUGGAUCACGGCUGCCCAUACUUUGGUUCAGCUUGCGGGCCGACUCACCGAUACUUGGAACAACAAGACCUCGCGUGCUGGCUACCAAAUACUCCACUCGCUUCCGCCUGAGCGUGAUUCUACUCCGUGUGCGCAAGACAGCUACUAUUGCCAGGAGGGCCGAGCAUCCAACGAUAGCGGCCAGGGAACGGCUUCGCAGUCAUCUUCUGUUCGCAGCGACUCUGCUUCGACCAUAUGUGCGGACGAUGGCGGCGGCAUUCGAAGCGAAUAUUCCAAGGAACACGGCGAUGAUAAUGACGAUGACGAAUUCGGGACUCUGCCGCUCUCUUCUCCCACUCCAGUGGCCAGAAUUACACGGAUUCUAUCUCACAGCAUCUGGAAAUAUGUUGAGAUGGGAUACAAAUUGGUAGAUCGCGUUAUUCUACCAUUUGGUUUUAUUGCACUGACUACCGGAAUUGUUGCCUUCGCUCGCUUUUUCGAAGGACACGCGAUCUUUGGAGGGCUUGCGCAUUGGAUUAAGGGCGGAGUUUUAUUUUGGCUUGGGCUUUUCAACCUCGGUCGAUGGUCUGGCAGCUUCGCAGAGCUUGGCUGGGCUUGGAAUCUUAGGCCAAAGGCGAGCAGCCAGCAGGAACAAAAAUUCCGCCCGUCUGCUGAAUUUGUAGAGAGCUCUCUCAUUUUGUUCUAUGGCUCGACAAAUAUUUUCCUGGAACAUCUGGGCGGCUGGGGCGGUGAAUGGACAGCGCAAGAUCUUGAGCACAUGGCUAUUACCGUGCUGUUCAUCGGAGGUGGUCUGUGCGGUAUGUUGGUUGAGUCAAGUCAUAUUCGCGAUUUGCUCAACACCACUACCACUGCUGUGCCGAUUCAUUCGUAUUCCAACGAAGAGCAAGAACGCCUCGAGGCGCCUGAAACGUACGAGCUCUCUUUGAACCCCAUCCCAGCUCUAGUCAUUCUUCUCCUUGGCAUCAUGAUGAGCUCCCAUCAUCAGGCAACCACGACAGCAAGUAUGGUUCACAAGCAAUGGGGCACACUGCUACUUUGGGCAUCUGUGGCGCGUGGCCUCUCUUAUGUGCUGCUCUAUCUCAAGCCACCGAAGUCAAUCUUCCCGUCUCGCCCACCUACAGAGCUCCUGACCUCUUUCGGCCUUAUUGCCGGUGGUAUCAUCUUUAUGGCUAGUAGUGCAGAUACCGUGAAUGGCAUGAUUCAUUACGACCUGGACGCCAUGUUCUUCUACACGAUUACCAUGGGGCUGGUAGGGCUUCUCAUGGCCUGGGAAAUUACCGUCCUGUCGAUCAAGGGGUGGGCUGUUCGCAAAGAGCUUGCUCUAAGUGGCUGGCCUCUUUGA